AUGGCCUCGUCUUCCAGUAAAUACCCACACCCAAUUUACAUGGAUUUAAACUUUAACUACAUCCUCAAACUCGAUGGGUACAAUGCUGAUGGUUGGAAAAUAUUCAUGUACGGGUUACUUAAAAACAAUGGCGUCAUUGGCUACAUUGACGGCAGCAUUGAGCCACCACCGGAAGGUAAUCCAGAUUACGCAGAGUGGAAAGAGAUAGACAAUACUGUGCGAGAUUUGAUCAUCUCAGCAAUAGGAGACGACUACCUAAAAAAGAAUUCUUGUUUAAUCACCACAUCGAAGACGGCUAAAGAUUUGUGGGCUUUAAUUGACAAAACGGUUUUGCUUGCAAAACCUUCUGCGAAGAUGACUCACACCGAUCGAUGGUCAAACAAAGCAGAAAUGAGAUCACAUUAUCUUCCUUAUUUGCCGCUACACAAGGCUGCUGUCAAAGGAGACAUGAAGACCUUAGAUGAGAUACUAAAGAAAAACCCAAAUGCGGUGCGUGCUCUCGUGAUAGGAGCCUCAGAAACAGCACUAAUGGUGGCAUCUCCUAUUGAAGGUAACCAGGAGUUCUUGAAGAAGCUCAUAAGUCUGAUGUCCCCAGAAGAUUUGGCUAUGCAAGAUAGCUUUGGACAGACUGCUCUUACCGGAGCCAUUUUGGCGGGUGAUGUGGAGAUGAUGAAGUUAAUGGUUGAAAAGAAUCCUGAUCUUCCUMACAUUAGGGAUAUGYAUAAUMWAAUACCCCUCUUUAKUGCUCCAUACUYUUGUGACAAUGAUGMCGUGGUUCGCUACCUGUUASAUGUCACGAAUSAAAGCURUCYUCRAGACCCUCAAAYUGYUCUCCUUGUGRYUGGACUCAUAUAUGGCGGAUUUUUUGAUCUACCUGAUGAGGAGCUCAAGAACUACGGUGGAAUUGGAUUUGGUGAUGUUGAGAAUCCUAGGGAGGAAAUAGUUAAAGGUAAGAAGCACAGCUAUUAUCCUCACAAUAAAUCGGGACGUGGUGUGUUUCAUAUUGCAAUUGCAAACCGUCGGGCUAAAGUAUUCAACCUCAUAUAUCAGACCACCAACCUCCGCGGACGUGUGUUGCAAGCAUCGGAUAGCUCACAGAACACUGCUUUGCAUUUGGCUGCACAUUUGGCUGGAGAAACUGAGAAUGAAGCUGGUCUCAACCUAAGAUCAACUGGUCGUGGUCCAGCCCUUCAAAUGCAACGCGAAUUACAAUGGUUCAAGGAGGUUGAACGCCUAUCAUUCCCUCAAGAUCAAGUAAAAAGGAAUAUCAAUAACAAGACACCAGCGGUGAUAUUCAAUGAAACACAUGAACAGUUAGCAAAAGAAGGAGAACAAUGGAUGAAAGAUAGAGCCAACUCAGGGCUAAUCGUAGCAACACUCAUUGCUACAAUCGUGUUUACCUCCGCCAUCACCAUACCAGGCGGAAACAACAGCAAUACCGGGUUGCCGGUAUUUUCCCAACGCCCAGUGUUUGUUGUGUUUGCUGUUUCGGAUGCUCUUGCUCUCUUCAUGUCGGUUUCUUCCAUCUUAUUGUUCUUGGGAAUCCUGACUGCACGAUAUGCUAUCGAAGAUUUUCUCUACUCGCUACCGAAGAGAUUGAUGCUGGCCCUUAUCACGCUGUUCGUAUCGAUCAUGUGCAUGAUGAUAGCAUUUACAGCCAUUCUGUAUUUGGUAUUUGGAGAUGAAAAGAGAUGGGUUCUUGGGCUUGUGUCUUCAUUAGCUGCUAUGACCUUGCUUUUGUUUGCAUUGUUGCAGUUUAAACCUCUUUUGGACAUCAUCACAUCCACAUAUUGGCUCCAGAUCUUCAAGAAGCAGGGUGAUAAUAUUCUUUUUUAA